UUGUCACACAAGAACCCGUCGUCGCCUCUGGUUUUAAACUGAUUUUUCUCGCACGCAAAAAUAAAUUGAAUCCCCCCGUACUCCACCCCACCCCAUCCCAUGCGCAUCCCCUUCUCCAGUAUCCCAAGAACUCAAAAACUAAUCCUCGCAUUGCUCUCUCCGCUUUCUUUUCCGUAACACACAUAUUUUAACUUCCAACACAUAUCUACGACGAACACAUUCUGUAUUUUAUUUUUAGUUUUGUAAAAGGAUACUAGAUAUUAGAUUUAGGGGGAAAAAGUUCUUUUGCAAGAAAGACCAACCCAUUUUGGAAAUAUUUAUCAAACCAGAAAAAGAGAGGAAAUUUUUGUUGAAUUUGCAGAGAUAGGUUUGUUUUGUUGUGUAGAUAAGAGAGAAUUUUUGGUGAAUUUUUUUGGUUAGUGUUUAUAGUUAAAUGCAUCUGAAGAAAUCUGAAGUGCAGAUCGGAAAAGAAAGCAGUUGCAUCUCUUCCGAUUUCAAUCCUACAGCACCCCUUCUUUCUUCUUCUUCAUCUCUUCAUCAGAAACAUCCUCAUAGUUUCUAUUCCGGUCCGCAAAAUCCCAUUUCUUCAUCAGCUGAAUAUCAUCCUAAUCAUACAGCUAUUCAAAUUUUCUUAGAAAAUGAUAUUACUAAUAAUGACUCAAUUCCCACCACCCCUGCCACCAAAACUACUCCCCAUAAAAGACCUCAUUUGGGAAAUAAUCCUUCCAAAUCUAUCCUAAAAUCACCAACUCUAUCCAAUUCUCUUCGCAAAUACCCUUUUUCUUCUGUAAAGGCUCAACACCCAUAUACCAAUUUCCAUCUUUACCCUUGCCUUUGCCACCUUCGUCGAAUUCUUCGUCUCCAUAUCCGACUUAUACUUCUCCUUUCUCUUCCCUUCUUCUAUUUCUUAGUUUCACAUCCAACUAAUUCUUUCUUUUUGGAUUUUCUUUCUGCUUUUGCUUUUUCCGCAGCCCUUUUAUUUUCAUUGAAUUUAGCACUUCCCAGGCUUCCUUCAAUUCGGUUAUUCUUGGCUAGGUCUUUGCCAAUUAAGCUUUCAUCAUCAAAACAAGUGUCUAGGAAUACUUUGCCAGUAUUCUGGUCAAUAGGGUCACGGAUAAAAAAUGAUAAAAGGGUAAAUUCAGGUUGUUAUGUGCAGGCUUACAGUAAUGGGGAUGUGUAUGAGGGGGAGUUUCACAAGGGGAAAUGUAGUGGAAAUGGAGUUUAUUACUAUUAUAUGAGUGGGAGGUUUGAAGGGGAUUGGGUUGAUGGGAAGUAUGAUGGAUAUGGGGUGGAAACAUGGGCAAGGGGGAGCAGAUACAGAGGCCAAUACAGGCAAGGUCUUAGGCAUGGAUUUGGGGUUUAUAGGUUCUUUACUGGUGAUGUAUAUGCUGGGGAAUGGUCUAACGGACAAAGUCACGGCUGUGGAGUUCAUACUUGUGAGGAUGGGAGCAAGUAUGUAGGUGAAUUCAAGUGGGGAGUUAAGCAUGGCCUUGGACACUACCACUUCAGGUCCUAGCUCGAAUGCGCCUCAACUUACUUGAUUUGGGCGAUUAUUGGAGCUUCCAAGGUAGCGGUUGGACAUUCAUGCGUCCGAAGUUCACCUCUAUCUUUCUAUACUAGUUAUGUCUUUAUUAGUAUUCGGAGACAAUUAUUAUUCCUUUGUGGUUAUUUUUCUGAUGUAUUUGACUCUUGGAUUGUAUUAGUAGUUCUUACACUAUUGACACUUGGUUUUGGGCAUGAUUGGUAUUUUGGACAA